AUGCCCUCUGCAGGACUCAUUGACCACUCCCCCCACUUCCCCUCCCCCUCUCCACCCAUUCCCACCGCAUCGAACCUGAUCCUGAUUGACAACUACGACUCGUUUACCUGGAAUGUCUACCAAUAUCUAGUCCUCGAGGGCGCCACCGUCACCGUCUUCCGCAACGACAAAAUCACGCUCGAUGAACUCAUUGCAAAGAAGCCAACGCAGCUGGUUGUAAGUCCCGGCCCUGGACACCCAGAGAAGGAUGCUGGCAUCAGCAACGACGCAAUCAAGCAUUUCAGUGGAAAGAUCCCCGUCCUCGGAGUCUGCAUGGGAGAGCAAUGUGUCUACUACUCGUUCGGCGGCCGCGUCGAUGUCACUGGCGAAAUUCUCCAUGGGAAAACUUCGCCUCUGAGGCAUGACGGAAAGGGAGUGUAUGCUGGAAUCCCCCAGGAUCUUCCGGUGACAAGAUAUCAUUCCUUGGCCGGCACCCAUCCGACCCUUCCAGACUGUCUCGAGGUCACGUCAUGGAUUGCUACAGGCCCUGAUGGUGGUAAGGGUGUCAUAAUGGGAGUGCGCCACAAGGAGUAUCUCGUCGAAGGCGUGCAGUUCCAUCCCGAGAGCAUCCUCACCGCCGAGGGUCGGGUAAUGAUCAAGAAUUUCCUGCGCAUGCAAGGUGGAACUUGGGCGGAAAAUGACAGAUUGUCCAAAGCGGCUCAUGUCGAUGCGACCGGAGCAGCCACUAAUGGAGCCAUCAAAAAGGAUAAGCACACCUCGAUUUUAGAGAAAAUAUACGACCACCGCAGAGCUGCGGUUGCGGAACAGAAGCAAAUUCCGUCGCAAAGACCCAGCGAUCUGCAGGCAGCCUAUGACCUCAAUCUAGCGCCUCCACAACUCAACUUCACAGAGCGGCUGAGGCAAUCUCCUUACCGACUGUCUCUUAUGGCGGAGAUCAAACGCGCCUCCCCUUCCAAAGGCAUCAUAUCGCUGUCCACGUGCGCUCCUGCCCAGGCCAGGAAGUAUGCCGUAGCCGGCGCGAGUGUCAUCUCUGUCCUAACUGAACCCGAAUGGUUCAAGGGAAGUAUCGAUGAUCUCAGAGCGGUGCGACAGUCUCUGGAGGGAAUGCCGAACCGGCCCGCCGUACUGCGUAAGGAAUUCAUUUUCGACGAAUACCAAAUCCUGGAGGCGAGGCUAGCGGGCGCUGACACGGUGCUCCUGAUUGUGAAAAUGCUGGAUGAGGCACUCCUGAAAAGGCUGUAUCUUUAUUCCCAGUCUCUUGGAAUGGAGCCGCUCGUUGAAGUCAACACCGUUGAGGAGAUGCAAAUCGCUCUAAAAUUGGGCUCUAGGGUUAUCGGAGUGAAUAACCGAAACUUGACCAACUUUGAGGUUGAUUUAGAGACUACCAGUCGAUUGAUGGACGCUGUUCCCAAAGAGGCAAUUGUCUGCGCCUUGAGUGGUAUCUCAGGGCCAAAGGAUGUUGAGCCUUACACAAAGAGUGGUGUGGGUGCUGUAUUAGUAGGGGAGGCUUUGAUGCGUGCUUCUGAUACCACCCAAUUCAUUUCGAACCUCCUUGGCAGCGCAGAAUCAUCCACAUCAACAGCGAGCAAAUCCACUCCGCUGGUCAAAAUCUGUGGGACAAGAAGCGCUGAGGCCGCGAAAGUCGCCAUCGAAUCAGGUGCUGAUCUCAUUGGCAUGAUUUUGGUACCCGGUCGGAAGCGAGCAGUCUCGGCUGAGACAGCGCUUGCGAUAUCCGAAGUCGUUCACUCUACCCCGAAAGCACAUAAUGUCAAAGCUACCUCUCCCGCCGCCUUGAAAGCCGCGUCAGAUUUCUUCGAAUAUACCUUCUCGCAAGUCUCUGUUUCUCCUCGGGCGCUCCUAGUGGGAGUUUUCCAGAAUCAAUCCCUCGAUUACGUACUGGAACAGCAACAACUACUUAAUCUAGACAUUGUUCAAUUCCACGGUUCUGAGCCUGUCGAGUGGGCAAAGCUUAUUCCAGUUCCACUCAUCAAGAGUUUCAAUCCUAAGGACGUAGGUAUUGGGUUACGCGGGUGUCAUUCUAUCCCGCUUCUGGAUGCUGGCGCUGGUGGCUCGGGCCAAUUGCUUGACUUGACGGAUGUUAAAGAAGUAUUGGCAAAAGAUGAUGGCGUGAAGGUCAUGUUAGCAGGAGGUCUGGAUCCAACGAAUAUCCAGAGUGUUCUAGGGAGACUUGGAGAGUUUAGGAAUCGAGUAAAAGCCGUUGAUGUUAGCAGUGGUGUUGAAGAAAAUGGCCAGCAAAGCUUGGAUAAAAUCCGGGCUUUCAUCACGGCUGCGAAAGAGGAAUAA